CAUCCCAAUACUUCGAAACGAAAUUAGCGUGAAGUGAACGGUCAUUCUCGUCAGACGGCCACACAAUGCAUCUAUCUCACUCAUUCAUUUUUCUUUCAUUCGCUCAUCAACUCAUGAUACAUGUCAUGAGACAAAUGAGUUAAGAUCUAGUGAGUUAGAACUGAGUUACUGAUACAUUCGGAGCUAGUGUGAGUUACGCCCGGUCCCAAUAUCCAAAAAACGAAUCGUUUUAUAUUACGAUCCGUUACAAUAUCUACGAAUCGUAGGACAAAAUAGUUCCUUUAAAAACGACUCGUUUUUAAAAUUACUGAUGACUUGCUACUAACGGAUGGGAGGGCUAACAUAACGGUUCGUACUGCGUUUUGUAUGGAGACUGUUGUCUGUAGUGUUCCUAUAUUAUUUUAGAAAUGUCAGUGAGCUGUCAGAACUACUACGCGUAGAGCAUUUUUUAACCUACCGAUUUUGUUCGGUUGUGCUUUGGAAUUUUUGUGUUUGUGUUUUUUCUUUUAAAAUGUCGAGUUCAGAAAGUGAUAACGAAGUUUUAAUGUUACUGAAUUCAAGCGACGAUUCAAGUGAUGAUACGCGAAGUAAUAGAGUGUAUAAAACAAGAAUCAAUUAUUAUUCAGAGCUCGAUAAUCAGGAGUUUCAACUAAGAUUUCGGCUCGACAAGCAGUCUGUGCAAUUACUGUUAGGUGAAAUUUAUCCUUUUUUAAAGGUAAAAGGAACCAGGAAUCAUGGAAUAUCUCCCUUACAUCAACUGCUAUUAACUUUAAGGUUCUAUGCCUUAGGAACUAUGCUACUAUCAGUAGCAGACUUUAUAGGUGUUUCGAAAGCAUCAGCAUGUCGUACUGUUCGCGACGUCAGUAAUGCUAUAGCACAGCUAUAUAGCAAGUACAUCUACAUGCAUUCCGAUACCGAACAAGACUUUUAUGCUGUUUCAAGAUUCCCACGUGUCCUUGGUGCACUUGAUGGUACACACAUUAGGAUUCAGUCACCAUGUUCUCAGAUUGGAGAAGAAUUUAGAAACCGAAAAGGUUACUUUUCCCUUAAUGUCCAAGCUGUGUGCAAUGCAGAUUUAUUAUUUAUGAAUGUGGUGACUCGUUGGCCAGGUUCAGCUCAUGAUGCCACAAUAUUUAAUAAUUCAGACUUGCGAGCUCAGUGUGAAAAUGGCUCAUUUGGAAAUAAGUGGUUACUUGGAGAUAGUGCUUAUCCCUUGAAGCCAUAUUUAUUAACGCCACUAAUUAACACACAGACACGGGGCGAACAGCUUUAUAAUGAAGCCCAUAUUCGAACAAGAAACUGCAUUGAAAGAUGUUUUGGAGUUUGGAAACGAAGAUUCCCUGUUGUAGCCUUAACAUUGCGCCUGAGCCUUCUAAGAGCCAAUGCAGUGAUUAUAGCUACAGCUGUACUCCACAACAUUUGUCGACUGAAAAAGCUUGAUGAUAUUUCACCAGAAGUAGAAAUUCCUGAGGCAGAUGUGUCACCUACAGAAAGUAGCACUGAGGAAACUUUUAGUACAGAAAGAGCUAAUUUGAUUGCAGAAUAUUUCCAUAAGUUAUUAUUUUGUUAUAUUACUACUUUAAUUUAUAAAAUACUUCCUACCUGUGCACUUACUUAUUCUUAUUUUUUUUUAAUUUCAGUUUAUGAGGAUUGAACUCUUCAGAACAGUAUCUACAAUUAAGUUUGCUUACAAGUUGUAUGGUCUGAAAUUACUAAAUAUGUUUAAGUACCUACACAUAAGAUUUAACUGAUUUGCUUAAAGUUAGGAAGGACAUGCAUUAUGGGCUGUUACUGCAUUUUUUGCUUGGUAUUGUACAGUUUAAACAAUGAUGAAAUAGACGUUAGUUAUAGUCUUCCAGUUGUAGUCAUCCUUCUGAUCCUAAUGUAAUGUCAGGGAGAUUGAUGUUAACCUAUCAUAAAGGUCUGACCAUGAUGUAUGCAAAAUGUAAAAAUUAUUUCCGACCCUUAGGUAGGUUUAUAAUAAUUAUCAGUUAUUAAUAGUAGGUUAAAAUAUUGUAUAUUGAUAUACCUAAAGGAAAUUUUGAUUAAAGGGAAAUGUGAAGGUUUUAUGUCGUGUGAUUUAAUCCUGGUAUGCACAUUCAUUGCUCUACCCCUAAAAUAUAAAUCGCCACAAUACCACCAUAUUUUUAUGUAACAGUAAUAAAUACCGUGUUCUGGUUUAUAGGGCAAAAUGGCAGGUCUUUUGAUAAGCGCUGAUGCUUUUGAGUAAAUAGGCGAUAGUUACUACUAUGCACUUAAUGUGCCAUGAUAUGCUGAUCUGUCUAUAAUUAUAACUAGCAUUUUAAAACAAACUAGGUAGGUAUUUAAAAUUAGUAAAUAAAAUCAAAUAAAUUGAAAAUACAAUUUGUAUCAGCUUUGGCUUAUUUUAACAAUUAAAAAAAAAAAAUUAGUCAAACUUAUUCUAAUUCCUAAUAACAUGGCACUAAAGGGUAAAAAAACUAGUUAAUAUAAAAAAUGGAUAUGGUUAAUAUUAAAAUAAGGCUAAAAAAUUAAAUUUAGAAUUUCAGCUGCUAGUUCUAAGUACUUUUUAAGCACUAUUGUUCUUUGUCUGAAAUUUCUUUCUUUAACAGCUGAAUUUCUAAAUCUAAUUUUUCAGCCUUCUUCUCAUAAUAUUUGGCCAUAGCAAGAUUUAGUUCAAGGCGCCCAUCAUCUCUUGCGUCUUUUUUCUUCUUUGCUGGAAUUGAAAAAGUAAUUUAGAUAAGAACACAUGAAGAGAAAUGUUGAAUUGUCUCAGUACUGGAAUAACUAUUUAUUAUUAUUAUUAUAAUUUUUACUUAAUAUAUAGGUACCUUUGGUUUGCAAGCAUUUAGACAUGCUCUGCAUUCCGAAAAUUUUUUUUGGUGUAUAUGAUAUUUGGUCUUCUAAUUGCACCUCACAUGGUGCUUUUCUUUUACUGUCUGAAAAUAUAUUAUUCAUAAAAAGAAUAAUUAUAUUAUAUAAAUAAAGCAUCAAAAAUCCAUAUUAAUAAUUAAUUAAUUUUACCUCUUUUUGGACUUGGACACAGAACCACAUUCCCUUGAGUUUCAGGUUCACAAUGAUCCGACUGGUUCUGAAGUUCAAGCCCACCGACUUCAAUUCCAGCACCAUACCAACGCCUAAUCCGUCACCACCAAAAGGGACAUCGAACCCAGUGCAGGUCGACCCCAAAAGAGAUGUCACUUUUUCUAACAAUUCAUCUGGUGGGAUGAAGUCAGGUUUUCCACCACCAGUCUGUAUAAAAUAAAAAUUAUACAUAUUAUUUAUUGUAAUUUUUGCAUUAUAAUGUAUAUUAAAUUAAGGCAUAAAACCUGUACUUCGAAAAAUAAUAAUGAUUACCUUUAGACUAUUCAUUCGUACUUUUUGUGCUCUCUUUCGGGCCACCUUUUUCAAAUUGUCCCAUUUUAAUUUGAGCUGUUCCUUCUGCUUGGGGAAGGAGCCACACUUGGCAUUGUAGGCAGCAGUAAGGGCCACCCAUGCUUCUUCUUUGAGUCUGUUGGUAGUGGCGUUGGUUUCCUUGCUCGUAAUUAUAGGACUGCCUUCUAUUAUCUCUAUGAGACAUGCAACUUCAUCCUUGCUCAUAGAUUUUGUAGAUUUCUGCAAGCCACAAGAAAUUGGUAGGUUCCUUUUUACACAAUUAGAAAACAUUUAAUCCACAAUAUUUGAACACGGAUAACUUACCGGAAACACUUCCAUUUUUAGCAGUUUUAUGUAAGUUUAAGCUAAAAAUUAUUUAACAAUAUUAUAAACUAGAUAGUGGACACUAAAAUAAGGUACGUUAGUGUUAUUUUAUCAGUUUGUAAUGAAAUAAACGAACAACAAAGUACGACGCUAACACAAUUUUUUUGGUAUUUUGGCGCGGUCCGGCCGACAUCUGGCGUUUCCUUCAUGGCGUUUUGUUCACUUUACAGUUAAAACUAAAGUAAAUGUUUUUAAAUUGUGAAUGUUCAAAUAAAAUUACAUAUGUGAUGAAUUACAAUUAAUUUAUAUUAUUUUAAAAUAUUUAUGUAAAAAUACUAAUAAAAACUUAUGUAUUUUGAAAAAA